UAGCGGUGCCAGGGCCUCGUCCACAUCCGCGAGUUCCUGCAGCGCCAGAGAACUUUGUGACUGCGCAUGCGUACUACUCAGAUUGCUGCGCGUCUUGCGCUGGGAAGUGGCGCGUUGGGAGAGCGGAAGUGCGUAGUGAAGAGAAAGUGGUCUAGUGGGAGGUGUUGGUGAAAGGAGAGACAUCGGUAUCAGGAUGACCCAAAGGGUCCAUCGAGUCAACGAGAUGCAAAUUGGAGCUCAGCAACCUUCCUUGAGGUGCCCUCGAUCCUUCCCCCCAUUCACCAACGGGGCCACAAAAAAUGAUGGAUCUGAAGGCAUCCCAGACAAUUCUAAAGGAAAAGAGAAAAAGAACAUUUGUGGUCCAAAUAUGGAUGUCAAGGAACCUUUACUGAAGCCCAGACGAUCACAAUCAUCCUCUGAAAGUAUCCUGUCUAUUGGCUAUGAGCCCACUCUCUUCAAUUCCAUCAAGCCUAUUGCUCGACCCACCAGUUGUAAUCACUGCGGUUUGUAUGGGUCUAGGAGAUGCUCCCAGUGCAGACAGGCAUACUACUGCUCUGCCGAUUGCCAGAGAAAGGAUUGGUCAGCACAUUCUGUAUUCUGCAAGCCAUUGGCCGCGAAAGAACAGGGUGCUUGCAGGUCUCCCACUGAAAGAGGAGAGCAGAUUGUGCAACGCCGGACUGAAGCAUCACCCGUUAGCACCUCCCCCAAGACUGAAGAGAUUUUACGGAAAAUCACAUUCUCCGAUCUACAAGAAUCUGGACUGAAAGAGGGGAAGGAGUCUCAGGGCUUUGUCUUGGAUUUUUUAAGUCCCAGUAAGUUCUACAUUCAAGUAUGUACCACAAAAUCAGUGGAAUCUCUCGUCAAAGUAUCAACGUUAUUGAAAGAGAUCUACACAAAACCUGAGAACUUAAAGAAAGGUUAUACACCUGCCAUUGGGGAGAUUUGUGUGGCCAAAUAUGCUCAAGAUCAGAACUGGUACAGGGUGAUGGUGCACAGUGUUGAUGAUCAGAUGAAGAUGGCGCAGGUCUUCUACCUUGACUUUGGGAAUCUGGAGACCGUUUCUAUGAAUGAUGUGCAACAAAUGCACAAAGAUGUAGAGCUCAUCCCCCCUACUGCAAUAAAAUGCUUCUUGGCCAAUAUUGCUGCGCCGCCAUGUGGUUGGACCCCAGAGUGCCUAGUAGAUGUCAAGAAACUGCUCUUGGGGAAGAAAGUCACCUUCACUGUCCUUCGAAUUGAGCAGGAAGAACCCCCAAUAUAUGGGGUGGAUGUUACUUUGCCUAGCUCAGGUGAACGUGUGGGUAAAUAUCUGUUUGAUAAGGGCUAUUGCUUCUCUCCAGAAGUUAAAAGCAAGAUGAAGAGGAGCAGCUCUGAAACAGAUUCCAUUUUGGACAAAGCUGCAGAACCAGAACAAUCUUCCACAGAUCUUCCACCAACACUGAAAGCAGUCUCCGUUUCUGUAGGAGAUGUUUUCAAUGCAGUGAUCACAGAUAUCCAGACUCCGAGCAGAUUCUAUUGCCAGCAAUUGAAGAAUGGAGAGCAACUGGCAGAGCUGAUGGAGAGCAUGGAAAAACAUUAUAAAGCAGCACCUGUCAGCCCGGGAUUUUCUCCAACUGCUGGGGAGAUUUGUGCUGCUCUGUUUACAGAAGACAACCGCUGGUAUAGAGCCACUGUCCUGGACAGGGUGUCAGAAGAUUCAGCCCUAGUUGGAUAUGUCGACUUUGGGAAUCUGGAACUCUUGCCUGUCUCCAGGCUUCGUCCCAUUCCAGCCAGAAUGCUGGCAUUGCCUUUACAAGCCAUUCAGUGCAGCCUGGCAGGGGUAAGACCCACCUCCAAGAAAUGGACCAAGGAAGCCGCAACUGAAAUGGCAUCUCUUGUGGCAAACAAGAUGAUAGCUGUUCGAGUUGCUACUGAGACUGAGGAACAUUUGAUGGUGCAGCUGCUGGAUGGAUCUGUAAAUCCUGAGCUGGACAUUGCUAGGAAACUCAUACAAGCAGGCUUAGCUGUGGAUGAAGGGUCAAGCUGUGCUGUAGCUUGCUCUGGUGGAGAACUGAUGGACGAUAGCUGUACUAAACGCAGACAGUGGACACCGGUAGAACUGCCUAUUGGAUGCAAUGUUGAUGUUUCUGUGUGCAUGUUCUACAGUCCUGAUGAAUUCUACUGCCAACUCUGUAACGAGAAAGAUACCAAGUCCCUCGAGGAAGUGAAUCGGUCGUUGGGACAGCAUUGUCUGAUGAGUUUGUCAACAAAAUGUAAUCCAAGGGCAGGAGACAUUUUUUGUGCCUUCUUUUCAGGUGAUGGGAAUUGGUACCGAGCCAUGGUAAUAGAUGUUGAGCAGAAAACAAUUAAGGUUCGCUUUAUGGACUAUGGAAACACAGAGGAACUACAAGCCGACAAGCUGUGCGACAUUCCACCCAAAUUCUUGGAGCUUCCUUUCCAAGCAGUUAGAUGCAGUUUGGCCGGUGUGAAGCCUGUCAGAGACAAGUGGGACAGAGACUCCAUUAUUGCCUUUCGGACCAGUGUAGCAGGAGUAAAGCUCAAAGCAAAAGCUGUCAGCAAGAUAGAUAGUGGCUACAGAGUGGAGCUGGUGGCCAGUGAUUCUGGGAGCAGUGUAAGUGAAGCUUUGGUUGCAGAGAAGGUAGCUGUGCGUGAUACUGCCCAGGAGGUUGGAGAAGCAGGGGAUGGGCACCCAACAAAGCAAAAAAUUACAAGCAGGGCUGAAAAUAUCUUGAUGGAUGGAUCAGGGGAUAAAAGUCCUCAAAGCACCAAAGCGCAUGCUCCAAAGUUCCAGGAUAAUAUAGAGUCUCUUCAGGCCAAUUCUACCCCUACCAAGGAGAAAGAGGUUUGUGUGAGAAGCCCCUCCAGAGAAGACUCAUUGGACAAAGCCAUUGAACCCCCACUAGGAGCAGAAAUGAAAGAAUCCAGUGUGUCUCGUCGUUGGACAUCGAUAGAGCUGCCAUUACAAGAUGCCGUGCAAGCUCUGGUGCUUUGUGUCAUAAGUCCUGACUUGUUCUACGCCUUUCCCAAAGAAAACCGAGUGGAUGUUGGGAAGCUCCAGCAAACAAUGAUAGAGAUGGCCACAUACUGCAGCGCACAGUCCGACAGUCAGAAUUUCAGGCCGACAGUUGGUGACGCUUGUUGUGCCAGGUUCACAGGGGACAGCCAGUGGUACAGAGCCAUUGUGUUAGACACUUCCGAAUCGGAAGCCCAAGUUGCUUAUGCAGAUUAUGGCAAUACUGAAAGCCUUCCAUAUUCUUGCCUUGUUGCCAUAAAGGAGAGUUUCCUGGAUCCUCCAGUCCAGAUCAUUAAAUGUUGUCUUGCAGGUGUGGAGCAUGUUGAUGAGAAAUGGAUGCCAUCCACCACUAGACUUCUUCAGAGCCUGCUGCUGGGAUGUGAGCUUACUAUCACUACACUGUCGCUGCAGACUGGGAUACACUCUGUGGCUGUAGAAAAGAUGACGGAAACUGGAGCUCUGCUGGUACAAAAUAAAUUAAUUAGUGAAGGCCUGGCCAAGCAGUGCAACCCAAGGGCCAAUAAGAACCAAUGCAAAGAGCGAGAGGAGUGCUGCUGCCAAGACCUUCGAAUACGAGUUGAGAAAAUGGAAGCGACCCUUCUGCACCUUAUGAAUAAGCUGUAACUGCCGACUCCACGAAACUAAGAACUCGUGCAGCUUCUUCAGGCUGUGUCUGUUCAGAACAUGCAUCUUCUGCUCUGAUCCUGCACUUCACUCCCACCCACCCCCUUUUUAUUUCUAAGAUAUGCUGAGGAUUUUAUGUACGUUCUGAUGUACAACUGCCAGACGUUUGGGCAGGACAGCUUUUGGAACUUGGCUAAGAAUGUGCAGCCCGGAGGGGAUUUAGAAUGUACUGAAAAUAGUUUUCCUUUGGUUCUUUGCAAAUGUUCUUUCUUGUAUCAGAACCUCCAAAGAAGCGUUUUGGGCUGUUUUCUUAGUUUAGUGUUUAUGUUUGACUGUUAUUGUUUGAAAGGAGUAUUUUGCAACUCGAUUAUAGUGUUGUAUGAAAAAGGGGGAAGCAAUGGAGUUUCCGUAUGAGAUUUCAGCUUGUUUUACAUCCUUGGCAAACACUGAAACCUUGGGGCCUGCCAAACUUCGUCCAUGUUGGUUAUGUACAAAGGCAGAAACAUUUCUGUUUGUAGCUUUGAACUAGAGAUUAAUGAUUAUUUUUGCUAAAACCACUUUCAGCUUUGGGAUUUAUUUUUCAUCUGUUUCAAUUUCAAGUCUUCAACCUCUUUUCUCUCAGCUGAUUUGCACCUGUCCAUGUCGCUGAGCUUCCAAAACGCAAUUCCAGGCUCUGCCAUAGACUGUCCUGCUGUAGGCUUGCAGGUCAUUGGUUUUCUACACAGCUUAGUUGGUUGUCUGAAAGUUACAGCUCAUUCAUAUAACUAAGCCUAAUCCAAAUGGCAUGGGGAAUAGUCUUUUCAUAAUCCUCAGGGUUUUGUUGGGCACCGCAUGGCUGCACUGUGCUGUUCCUGUUCUGAUUUAGUUCUAUUUUUAGUAUGUUAUAGAAUGACCAAUUCUAAGCAACUUUUCAAUUGUUGUUUUUUUUUUAUAUUUUUUUUUAUUAUUUGUCUUCUUCUGGCGCUUUCCAGCUGUCAAAUAGGGGUCACUGAAAAAAACAAAUUAUCUGUAAAGCUACACAUUUAUUGUUAUUACUACUUUUUAUUAUUCAUCUUUCUAUUCAGGCCUCUUUUAUUCAUAUUCCAUUUUCUUAUUCAAAUCAAUGCAUGGUUGCUAGGGUAAUUUUGACCCUAGCAACCACAUUGCUGAAAUUGCCAACAGGAGAGCUGCUGAAUAAAAAGCAAAAUAACUCAAAAACCCCAAAUAAAAAAUGAAAACCAUUUGCAACUUGUCUCAGAAUAUCACUCUCUGCUUCAUACUAACAGUUAACUCAAUGGUAAACAACCCCUUUAAUUAGCCAUAAUUUUUCCUCUAGGCAGCACUUCCUAUGACUGUAGACAUAGGGAUUAAUAUUUUUUCGUGGGUUUUUCAGGGACGUGGACCUGAAAUGCGGUUCAUCCAAGGCACAGCCCC